AUGACCAUGAUAAAUAAAAUUCCGGGAGUACCAACACCAAUCAAAGAAGUCAGCCUAGACAGUUAUGCCGACUCACCCUAUGCCGAUCCCAUCGACGCAAUCGACAUCCCGAAGUGGUUUAGCCCACCCAAUAUGCUUAUGUAUGACGGAACAACCGACCCAAGGGAGCAUAUCUUAACUUACAAGCAGCGGAUAAUGACGAUCCUAGUCCCCAAACACAUGAGGGAACCUAGUCUUUGCAAAGGGUUCGGUUCGACACUGAUUGGACCCGCCUUGAAGUGGUUAACUAGCUUGCGGAACGGAUGCAUCACCUCUUUUUCUCAUCUUGACAGCAUGUUCAAUCAGCAGUUCGCCAGCAGCAGGUGUUUGGGGAAACAAACAAGCGACCUAUAUUGCGUGGUUCAACGUCCGGAUGAACCUCUGAAGGAUUACAAAACUCGGUUCAUUAGAGAGAAGGUGACUGUACCUCAAUGUGACGUCCCAACAGCAAUCAAAGCGUUCAGACAAGGACUGUAUGAUGAAACCGAUCUUUGGAGGGACCUGAUCAAAUACCUCUGCAAGACGUUUGAAGACGCUCAAGCCAAAGCAAUGGCCCAAGUCAGGUUGGAUGAGACUCUCUAUUCCAGAAAAGGAGCUAACGACUACACCAAGAUGGACAGGCGAUUAUCCUACCCCAUGAGAAACAAUGAUCGUCCUGCCCCAUAUCCCCGACCUCAACAUUUAGCAGUGGUGGAGGACGACGACGACUCCGACUGGAAGAACAGUCCAGACCUGCCCCCAAGGAUUAACGAAUAUUCUUUUUGUGUUGACAUUGUAGGUUUGAUGAACCACCUCUUGAAGAUGGGAAAAGUAGUGCAACGGCCGCCGAAGUCCAGUAAACCCGAAUCAAAGAAGGAUCCCUCAAAAUGGUGUGAUUUCCAUGCCGACAUAGCGAAGAGGCAUGCUCGAGAAAAUGAAAUAGACAGACCGGUCCGAGCCGUAGCCGCGAAGUACCUAACCCCUAUAUCUUUUGAUGAAUCUGAUGCAGGGGACAUCUCGGAUAAACAUCACGAUGGCUUGGUGAUAUCCAUCCCUGCUGGAAACUGCAUGAUCAAACGAGUCCUAGUUGACAACAGCAACUCGACCAACGUGAUGAUGCUCGACGCUCUCAAGGAAAUGGGGCUCAACCCAGACACAGAUGUCGUCAAAAAAUCCACCGUGUUGAUAGGAUUCAGCGGCGAGGCAAAGACCACCUUUGGAGAAGUUACCCUACCCGUUUAUGCCUAG